AUGGAUUGUUUAGCGACCUUCGACCAUGGACUUUUCUCCUCUGAAUUGCAAGAUGCGUCUCUACUUCCCGAGUCAUUGAAGCAAGCAAACAAAGAACAAAAUCAAGGAAUUACAGCUUUCGAUGUUCUAUCCGAUAAUAGAACGUUCAAAAAAGAGAGAAGAACCAACACUAAACGGAAGCGUUCAGAAAGAGAACAGAAGAAAACAUGCGAAAAGCAGCCCAAAAAGCAUAUAAGACAGGACAAUCAAGUUCCUGAAAAACUUGAAAACUAUUUAAAGAAGAAAAAUCCUCAGACUCCCGUCAACAUCGAAACGCUUUGUCCAUCUGCACCAAUGUAUAUAGAAGAUAUCAUCAUAAGGGACACCAAUAUGUCAAAGAUAGAGACACCUGUGUCCAGCUUUCCAGGAAGUCAGCCAGCAAAUUCGUAUCAUGGACAUGACGCUUACAGUAAUAGCUUGCAUUUUCAGCUUUCACCUUUUUCAUCUAGGGAAAGCCCUACCAAUAAUUUAUCUAGAAAAGAAUCAGCAAAAUAUGGUACCUUAAAAAAUGCAAAAGAGAGUCCAUAUGUAAAAACACCUUGCUACGGAAAUUCCAAAACGAACAGAUCAAAUUCGACCUCCCCUAAAGAGAAGAUUACAGUUAUUUAUGAUGAUAAUGAAGUGAGAGACUACUUAUAUGUAUUCGGCUCUCGAUCCCAAAAUAAAAAGCAAGACUACACGGUUGUAGCAAAGAAAAAGUCUUUCCAAAGCACUAAUUGUGCAAACUUCUUUCUGUUAAAAAACUUGAUGGAUCCAAAGUACAUUCCGGAGACAGCUGAAGAACGGUCACUGUGCAUUCAGGUUUUGGAAGAAGUACUGAAUCCAUAA